GUACGCGGGGCCCUAAGCCGAGGCGCGGUGGCGCGAUCGGGCGAUGCGGUGACGUGCGGCUUUCCCGGUGCUGCUAUUGGCGGGAGCGGGGUGACGGGCGAUGUGGCGCGCGCUGUGCGGGUUUGUGGCGGCUGUGGGUGGCAGGGGCGCCGCGCGCUCUCACGCCUCGCGACUGGCCGCCGGGAGCCUGCUGGGACAGGAGGCCCGGGCCGACAGCCCCGCGGGUAGAAAGAGAAGUACCACAGCUAUGCCUGAAGUAAACACAGAUAAUCUUGAUGAGCAGCAGGUGCAGCUUUUGGCAGAGAUGUGUAUCCUUAUUGAUGAAAAUGACAAGAAGAUUGGUGCAGAUACCAAGAAAAAUUGCCAUCUGAAUGAAAACAUUGAUAAAGGAUUAUUGCACCGAGCUUUCAGUGUUUUUUUAUUCAAUACAGAAGAUAAGUUGCUAUUGCAGCAGAGAUCAGAUGCUAAAAUUACUUUUCCAGAUUGUUUUACCAACACUUGCUGCAGCCAUCCACUAAGCACCCCACUAGAACUGGAAGAAAAUAAUGCCCAUGGUGUUCGGAGAGCAGCACAGAGGCGAUUAAGAGCAGAGUUAGGAAUUCCUCUGGAACAGGUAACUCCAGAAGAAAUCUCCUAUCUAACGCGAAUUCACUACAAGGCCCGCUCUGAUGGGAUCUGGGGAGAACAUGAAAUUGAUUAUAUCUUGUUUGUGCAGAAGAAUGUAACACUGAAUCCUGAUCCGAAUGAGAUCAAAAGCUACUGUUAUGUGACACAGGAAGAACUAAAACAACUCUUGGAAAAAGCAUCAAAAAAUGAAAUCAAGAUUACUCCAUGGUUCAAAUUAAUUGCAGAGACUUUUCUUUUUAAAUGGUGGGAUAACCUGCAUAAUUUAAAUAGAUUUGUGGAUCAUGAAAAAAUACACAGAAUGUAAAAAGCUCUAAGUGAAUGUAGUGGUGAGGGAUAACAGUGGGAUGCUGUCUUAAUAGCAGUAAGGUAACUUUUAAUUCUUAAGGUUUUGAAUACUGACAAAAAUGGUACAUCAGCAGUACCUAUUGUAGGAAUUUCUGUUCCUAUGCAUAGUGAUGUGGCAGUUGGGCUGGGUUUUUUGUGUUUUUUUGACAGGGCGGGCAGGGCUGUUGGGUUGUGGGUUUUUGUGUUAAUUUACAGCUGAACAGCAGUGCUGGCCUGACACCAUGGGUAACUUAAGUCAUCUUUUCAGAGCAGGCAAGCUGUGGUGUUACCCAGUACUGAAAAAAGUUUUGAGUAUAAAGCCAACCUUGAUGACUAUAAGUAACAGUAGGUAUAGUAUGAACUUGUUUGGGGCUUAAUGAAUACUAAGAUAGAAAGCCUGUGUAGAAAAGAAAUUGUAAACCUUUAUUUUGAGGGGCACUGAAAUACAUUUAAUGCGGCUUAUCAGAUAAACACAAAUAGGCAACAGCAAAGUAAGCUUCCCUGCAUUGCCUUUCCAUGCAGUGCCUAUAACCUGACUGGGAGUGAUGCUCUCUAAUGCAUGGAGGAUAAUCCAGUCUCUAACUACAUUUAGUUCAAAGAAAAGGAGUACGUGUAGCACCUUGGAGGCUAACCAAUUUAUUUGAGCAUAAGCUUUCGUGAGCUACAGCUCACUUCAUCAGAUGCACGUAGCUCACAAAAGCUUAUGCUCAAAUAAAUUUGUUACUCUAAGGUGCCAUAAGUACUCCUUUUCUUUUUGCGAAUAGACUAAGAUGGCUCCUACUCUGAAACCUCCAUUCAGUUCAGUCUCCACUGUGACGGUAGAUAUGUGCCACUUCUGAUGUAGACACCCAGCCACUUACAAUUAAUCUGACACAUCUUCCAAACUCAGUUUAUGGAGGCAGGUAGGUUAAAGGAAUUUUGUCAAUGUGUAUUUAUACUAGUUCAAGGACACCGUUUAACUAGCAUCUCUUCAUCUUUUAUAAAAAAAACUAUGGCUUGUUGAUUCCUCUGUUGCUUUUAAGGUUUUUCAUCAAGGAAAAAACUGAUUUACUAGAGAAAUGCCAUCAAAUGCACAAAGUAAACAAAUCAAACUUCACAACUAUGUCAGUCUCAGUAAUACUUUAAAUUCUCAUUAUAACUUCUGAAAAUGUAAGUUACACAAACACAUGGGUAUGUAACAUGAAAAUCACCUGGAGUGACUGGUUCCUCUGCUCUUUUGUAUAAGUUUGAAGUAGAAUACUAAUAUCACUGAAGACUUCCACUAAGUUUAAUAUUUUAACAUUUUAUUGGUAUUCUAAAGCAGAAAAUGGAAUUUCAACUUAGAUGUUUUCAUACAGGGCAACUACAAUGGAAAUGUGUUUGUUCUUGCCUAAAAAAAGUGAACGACAAGGCUGUUAACUGCAGUCCUUAAAAGGACAUUUAGGAUCACAGAAAGAAGUGCAGCUUAACCAUUGUUAGAAUGCAAAUAUAAGAACCUUGGUAAUUCACUAAGUUCUUUGAACUUAAAUGCACUUAAAAUUACUAUUGGUGGUGUGAUGGGAGUCUUGUACAGUGGAAGACAGUAAAACUAGGUUAUGGGUCCUCCAUUAGAAUCAGAAAGCAAAGAAAGCAAUACUACCUUUAACUAAACCUUUCAAGAAAAAGGUAACACCUUGUGACCCCAUGACAUCUUCCCCCUUAUCUUUAGUCGAGCAGCCUUGAAGUGUUGUAGAGGAUUAGGUAGCAUCAUUUCUAAAAUUCCUCUGAUGACAAAAAUAAACAUUGUCCUCUACAUCAGCCUUUGAGAGUGGUUGUGAUUUGGGUCAAGCCACCAUUGGCACUGUUCUUCACUUCUAAUUUUAGUCAACUGUUUUCCUGGUUCUUUAGUUUCCUCCCUUUCCCCCUUCAAUUUACAUCGUGGGCACCAAAAUGGAACUGAAACCCCCCUGAAACUGAGCCUACAGUUCAUACAAGCAGAUCAUGGUGGAAUAUCAACACACUUAUGAUUUGAAUUAUUGAGAGGUUUGAAGGAGAGCUGUUUGGGCUGAUACUGCUCUACUCAAGUUAGGUAAUAAUCUGAGCAGAUAGUGAAAUUAAGCCAAACAUUUACCCUGAAGGCCUGCCUUUAAAUACGAAGUACAUGUUACUGUAAAGAUAUGUAUAUUAAAAGCAUAUGAACUAAAAUAUUGUUUAUUCAGGUACUAGUUUUUUCAGACCAAAACUAGAAGAUAAGCUUUUUUGCUCAGUGGGAUCUGAAUUGAGACAACUUAAGUGUAAGAGCUCUAAUAGCAUUGAGAACUGAACAUUAAAUUCUGCCUUCUGUAAAAUCCAUUCUGCUUCAAUGAAGUCAGUGUAAUUGUAGGAGUAUAAGAAAAUAAAAUUUCAUGAGUUA